AUGGCGGAUGGGCAGAAAGUUGUUUUCGGGCCAUAUGGUGGUACAGGAGGAAAUUCAUGGGAUCACGGAUCCUACAAUGCCACCACAAUAAGGGAAUUAAGAAUACGCACCGAAUCGAAUCAUCUUAAAUCGGAUAUUAUCUCCUUACACAUUUGCUAUGAUAUCGAAGGAAAGGCUGUAUGGGGAACAAGAUAUGGUGGUGGUACGUCCAAGGGAGCUACACACGUGGUGAAACUAAACUAUCCUACCGAGUACUUCAUUUCGAUAUCAGGGUACCACAGUUCUGGAUCUCAAUAUGUGAACUCUCUUACAUUCCAAAGCAAUAUAAGGCAUUAUGGACCAUAUGGUGUUGAAAAAGGAACUAGUUUUGUAACCCCGAUAACAGCCGGCAAGAUUGUUGGAUUCUUUGGAAGAGCGGGUGAUUAUAUAGAUUCGAUUGGAGUAUAUGUUAAGCCAUUACCAGUUAUAAUAACUGUUGGCCCAUUUGGAACUACUGGUGGACAACAGUGGGAUGACGGAACCUUCAACAAUGUAAGGGAAUUGAUUAUACAUGCCGGAGCGUUAAUUGAUUCCAUUCAAGUUGUCUAUGAUGAUGUUGAUGGAAACCUAGUAUCGGGAGAAAACCAUGGUACUGUCGGCGGUGCAAAAUUCACGGUCAAAUUAGACCAAGAUGAAUUUUUGCUUUCAUUUUGGGGCUACUAUGGACAAGUCGCUGACAUGGUUGUUAUCCGGUCGCUUGGAUUUCAAAGCAAUAAAAGAACGAUUGGACCGUUUGGCGUGGAGGAGGGAGAGAAAUUUCAAUCCUCAUCCACUCGUAGUAAGAUCAUCGGAUUCCAUGGAAGGUCUGAGAGUUAUCUUAGUUCAAUUGGAGCAUAUCUUUCUGAGUCAUCUUUUGCCGCAAUACCUGCUGAGGCUGCAAUGCUUGUGGCUAUUGAGGCUACAAUACCUGCUGAGGCUAAAAUGCUUGAGGCUUUUGAGGCUACUGGGGAUGCAACACCUGAUGGUCUACUUUGA